UACUCGUGGAAAAAGAUAUGACAAAUGGUGCGUCGCCGUCGCCGUCGCCGCUCUGUCGUCGUGCCAAAAGAAAAACGAGCCAGUCCACCGGUCUCCCCCUGCGCGCUUCCACGGCGAUGCUCCCCGGCGGCUACGCCGUCCUCGCCAUGAUCAUCUCGGCCCACCUGCUGGCGCCGGCUGAGUCAGCCUCAAUGGAGUGCGACGGCAACCCCCAAACGUCCAACAGCACCUUUCCCUCGACCCUGAAGCUGCUCGCCGCGGGACUCCCCGGCAACGCCUCCACCUCCCCAAACGGCUUCGCCACCGCCACCGUCGGCACGGCGCCCGGCCUGGUCUACGGCAUGGCCCUCUGCCGGGGCGGCACGAACGCCUCGUCCUGCCGCGCGUGCGUGGCCAAGGCGUUCGGCGACGCGCAGGCAAGCUGCCCCGGCGACACGGGCGCCGCCAUGUACGAGGACGGCUGCGUCCUGCGCUUCUCCGUCCAGCGGUUCCUCGACUUCCUCGGCGCGGACCAGUGGCAGGUCCGUGAGAUCACUUUCUCCGUUGUCGCGGAUCGGGCCAGCGUCGUGGUUUCGGCCGCCUGGUUCGGCGCCGCGCUCAGUGCGAUCCUCACCGCCGUGGUCAACCACGCGGUGUCGUCGCCGUCUCCGGCGGCGAGCAGCAAUUCGACAAUCAGAAGCAAGUUCUUCGCCACGGGCGAGGUGGCCUUCAACCCCAGGAUUUACGGCCUCGCGCAGUGCAUGCCCAAUCUGGCGCCGGCGCAGUGCGACGGCUGCCUCCGGAGACUCCAAGAUGAGGCAACACCCUACUUGGAUGGCGGCACUAACCCCGGAUGGAUCGAGGCUGGUUCAGCGUGGUGCAUCCUGAGGUACAGCGUGCGGCCCAUCUACGACGGUCAGGCAAUGCUCCAGCUUCCGGCGCCGCCACCGCCAUCUCCUUCUGUCCCUCCCGAGCAUGGAGCAGGAAACACAAGAACUGCAACAGGAAUCUAUGCAGGCAUUGCUUCUUCUGUUGUCUUGUUAUUGAUUCUACUAUCAGUUUUCGCUUUCAUCUGCUUCAAGAGAAAAAUUAAGACCGCUGAAGAUGAUAAUCCAUUCAAGAAAAUGGCGAGAGCCUUGAUCUUCGAUUUGCCGGCACUGCAAGAGGCAACCGGAAACUUUUCAGCAGCAAAUAAGCUUGGAGAAGGUGGUUAUGGAAUUGUAUACAAGGGAAUACUGCCGGAUGGGCAAGAAAUAGCAGUGAAGAAGCUCUUGGGAGCAACAGAGCAUGGUUUGCAUCAGUUGCGCAAUGAGGUGGUGCUAUUGGCAGAGCUUCAGCACAAGAAUCUUGUCAGAUUACAGGGGUUUUGCUCGCAUCGGGACGAUACAUUGCUUGUUUACGAAUAUAUCAAGAAUGGGAGCCUCGACAACUUUCUUUUCGAUACCAGUGAGGAAAAUACUCUAAACUGGGAGCAACAGUACAACAUCAUUCUUGGAAUUGCCAAGGGAAUAUUGUAUCUUCACGAGGACUCGAGCCCAAGGAUAAUCCACAGGGACCUUAAAGCUAAUAAUAUUCUUCUCGACGAGGAGAUGGAUCCUAAAAUCGCAGACUUUGGAUUGGCAAGGCUGCUACAAGAAGGUCACACUCAUACUCAAACAACUAGAGCUGCCGGAACACUCGGUUAUAUGGCACCGGAGUACGCGGUACACGGAAGUGUGUCACCCAAGAUCGAUAUUUUCAGUUUUGGUGUACUAGUCCUGGAAAUUAUAACCAGGAGAAGGAACUGCAGUUCGGAUUAUGGGGAUACCGUGAAUCUCAUUAGUGAUGUGUGGAAUUACUGGACAAAAGGAACAAUAUCACAAAUGAUGGACGAAUCACUCAAUGGAUACCCUCGAAGCCAAGCGCUACGGUGCGUCCACAUCGGGCUGCUGUGUGUCCAACCGGACCCUGAUGACAGGCCUCAAAUAUCAACCGUCAUUUUCAUGUUAACAAGGGACACCAUGGAGCUUCAGCCACCGGCACAGCCUGCAUUCUUCUUUGGGACAGAAUCACCAUCUCCAGCUUCUCCACGAGAUGGGCAACGCCGCUACAUGCAUGGCCGACCUGAUUUAUUACCGGAAGAUGACGUAUCUUGGAAUGAGGUUACGAUUACUGAGCCAUAUCCUAGGUGAUAUACGAUCCGGACUCUUGGAGCGGCCAUGUCAUGUUUGUCAUAAUGGAGGCCAGUAGGCCGGAUUAGGUUUACGUCUUCAUUGCGAGUCUUGGAAUCACGGCCUUAAGCCACUCGAGAUGAAUGAUAGUACACUUAUUUUUCAGUGCAGAUGGAUUGAUUUCUUUGUUUGUCGCACGCCGGCGGUGUAGUGUCAGCAUCAUAAUCAAUGAAACUGUUGCUUUUGCAUUAAACCUGCA